AGACCGCUGUAUCGAUGCCAGGCUUUCUCGCCCCGCGGAGCCAACGUUUAUAUACCCAUCAUCAUCAUCUCACUUGUCGCGCCCGCGCCCGCUCUCCUCGCUCGCCAGAGUAAGACCACACGCCCACGCCUCCAUGGCACCCGCAUCCGUGAACGCGCGCGCGAAUCCUUCCAGCCUUUCCCUCCCCACCCAGCAGUUACCGCAACGGGCAGCCCGGCUGCACACACCGCGUAGGCCCCCAAAGCCAACAACGACGAGCCGUGGUACCAGCGCCUGCACUGGAGCUGCCGCUGCCGCUUGCGCUGCGUUCCCGCUCCGCCCAGCACGUCAUGGCGUCAAGGCCGCAGGGCGUGCGCCGUGGGGUCCAGGAUGUGGGGGGGCGGGUUUGGUCCCUCGCGGGCCAGUGCGCGGGGGCCAAAAGUCGGAGAUCUGGGCGCUGCGAUCGCUAUACGACAGGGGGGUGGAUGGCCGGGUCGACGGUCGCGCCUCACCGACCCUUGCUCUGUGCGGAGAGACGUUGCUGGCGCAUGGGGGCCAAGGAGGUGAGGUGCUGUUGUUUGUGGGGAGGGGAUUGAAGAGGAGGAGAGACGGUGAAGUGAGGUGAAGAGAUGUGAUGUGGAAAUCGAUACUCCGUACUAUUGACAGGACAAGACUCACCGACCGACAGCGACAGCACCUCUGCCCUCCCACCUACCCAUCCACACACCCCACACCCAACACGAAGCACCCCAUCAAAGGAUGCACCCGAAACAAGCGUCCAGCCCUGCAAGGAAAUUACCUCGAACUUUGGAAGCCGGCCUCAUCGGCCACGAACGACAGC